AUGAUGAUGAACAGUAACAGUCCACUACAUAUAGUCUCACACUCUGGUACCUACAUUUCCCACCUAUCUUAUCACCGAGUCUCCCGAGAUUGUACUACAUACCUAUAUCUUUUGUCCUCUCGCCUUGCUAGGCGGGGGACUUUGGGGAUAAAACCCAUUCUUUUUUUCUUUCGUCGCCUCCACCGAAUUACGUCCCACCCUCGGGAAAGAAACCUUCGUGUCAUCUGCCGUGCCCUUCCCUCCUUCCUUCUAUCAUGCGGUAACACGCGGACGCGGACGGGAAUGGACGAACCACGUCUGUCUGUCCCAAGCCAUUUUGUACGUCCAAACCCGCCAUGGGCAAUCAUGAACUACUUUUUUUAUUCCCACGACGGAUACCAAGGUAGGUAGGUAGGUAUUUUCCCCUUGAUAUCUGCAACCCCCGUUUUCCCUAGGUCGCAUAGACUAUCUGGCACAUGAUGAGCCACACACUGCCGGCUUCCUUCGUUGCCUUCCCGUACAUGGGUGCCUGUGUUACAUACUCGGCUGAUGGAAUAUUCCAACCCCUUUUCCAAUGGGGACUGGGGAAAAUUUUGCUCGCCUGCUUGCCGGCCGGGAGCAUGAUUGAUGAUGGCUGGAAACAAACCCCCCCCCCCCGGUUGGGGAGCUUACAUGAACAGUUAGUUUGUAUAUAUCGGAUGCGGGUAUCCUUUGUUGUUGGAAGAACUACCUACCGAAGUGUUCGGUAACUGAAGAGAGGGUGUCUAAGAAGGUGAAGGUGACACACGCUACGUGGUUGACAGUCGGGGCCGGGGAAUUACAUGCGGGUAGGUAGUUGAGAUAUGUAGGGGUUGGUUGAAGGUGGGACAUGGGCAGAGAGGGAGACAUUCCAUGGAAACGGUGAAAAAAUUCAUAUGGUACAAAUGUCACACAUCAAACCCAGCAGAGGGGGUGAGCGGCCGAGAAGUGGGGGAUGUAGAAUAUAUGAAUGGGUUAAUGGUUAACCCUCAACAAUA